GACUUUUUUUUUUGUCAAAUACGAAUUCCAGACUUUGGUUUCUCCAAAAAAUGUCCAGAACUCACAAUCCAUGUCAAUGGCUUCCUGUCCUCCUCUUCCUUCUACAGUUUUUCCACACAUCAAACGGCGAUGUUGGCACUGCUGCCCAGUACCCUCCUCCAUAUCUACCGACGGCAUGUUUUGGAAGCGAUUCGUUGCAGUUUCCGGCGAGUAAUCUAUUGGCUGCCGCCGGAGACGAAAUAUGGUACAAUGGGGCGUCGUGUGGGAGAAAGUACUUGGUGAGAUGCAUAAGUACAGAACAAACGGGGACGUGUGUUCCGGACAAGACGAUUCAAGUGAGGAUUGUGGACUAUGCCGGAGAUAUUAAGACAGUGCCAUCAGUUUCCGGCACCACCAUGGUCUUGUCCCAAACAGCCUUUGGAUCUGUUGCUAAUUCAACGGCUAAAUCCAUUAACAUUGAGUUUCAGCAGGUAUGAAAUGGAAGAUGCAGAAAUGGCGAAGGAGUUUGAAUUUCCAAUCAUAUUCUUCAGCAUGAGUGGAAGGUGCAGCAGAUAUGGCGGAGACAAUUCAUGUAUUUUUGUAUUCUAGUUAUAUGUAUUUUGAUGAGGGGAGAAUCUAUAACCUGUUGGUUUUGUAAUUUCGAUUGGUCAUCCGUAAAUUGUAGGAUUAUGCAUAUGGGAAUUUGAUUAUUUUUCUAAACAAUGUGUACAAAAAAAAACAAUGUCAUUUUCAUUUUUA